AUGCAGAGAGAAAUCACGCUCGCCUGGCUGCUGCUAGCCGCCAUCGUCGGACUCGCCUACGACAGCGGCGCCGAGGCUCUGCCUUACUCGUCGCGAUCGGUGUGGAACCAAUUCCAGGAGGACUACCCGGAAGCCGCGCAAGAGCUGCUGGACCGACUGGAGAAUUUGGCAUUGUUCGUGCAGCCGGAGAGCUCAAAGCGCGGUCUGGAUUUGGGAUUGAACCGCGGCUUCAGCGGCAGCCAAGCGGCGAAACAUCUGAUGGGCCUGGCGGCGGCCAAUUACGCCGGCGGUCCCGGCAGAAGGCGCCGCUCCGAGCAGGCGUAG